UCCUCUUUUUGAGGUUUCCUGUUCAGAGCUAUUUCCAUUUCUUCAGUCUUGCUCUUCAGCAGGAUACUAUUCCUGUCUCACGGGUCCAGGCUUCCCACACCUUUGGAAGCACAAUAUCAGGGCUUCCUUAGCCAGAGACAUUUUGAGUAUCAGCUCUGUACCUGGUUUGGGAGCCUUUGUGAUGGACCAACUAAGAAUCCCAAUCCUCCAUAUUCUCCUGGACUUGGCUUGGGUACAGCUGGGAGCUGCCCAACAGAGAGACUGUGGCGACUGCUACCAUCUCAGUCCAGGUGCCAUCGCUGGUGUAGUUCUGGGAGAUUUGCUCUUGACUUUGCUGAUAGCUUUGGCUGUAUACUACGUGUCCAGCUGCAUCUACCAACGUCAGUCAUCCAGCCUUGACACAAAGAAGACUCAACAUGAGUCCCACUAUGAGGAACUUCAAGCACACAGACUGGAUGUUUACAGUGACAUAAAGAAUCCUGGAGCCAUGUACAGAUAGUCCCCUACGCUUUCUACUCCUCUUUUGUGCUUCAAAGUAGACACUUGAGAAUACAAAAUAUCUCCUCUUGAAGAUUCCUAUUCAAAAGAUGUCUUUCUACAACAAGCCUUUAACAGUGAACUUUUUUUAGUCUAUGUAACUUCCUCCAAAUAGACAAUCUGCUUUGGUUUAGGUCUGUCGCUUUAAUCAUUGUACAUAUUGCAGAGUGAGUAAAACCAUAUGAUUGAAUGCAACAUAA